AUGGAGGGCGCAGGCAGCGGCUGGGCCACAGAGCUCACCCCUCUAUAUGUGAUGCAUGAUGGGAAUGAGAACAACACAGGGAAGGUCUUUGAGGUGGCCCUGCAGAAUGGCUCAUCCAAACGCAGCCCCCAGUUUGUGGGGGUGGAGCUGCUGCAAUCCUUCAAGCUGCUCAUCAUCCCCUGCUACACUCUUGUGGCUCUGGUGGGCAUCUUUGGCAACUACCUGCUUCUAUAUGUCAUCUGCAGAACCCGCAAGAUGCACAAUGUCACCAACUUCUUCAUUGGAAAUCUGGCCUUUUCUGACAUGCUGAUGUGCGCUACAUGUGUUCCUUUCACUCUGGCCUACGCCUUCAACCCAAACGGCUGGGUGUUUGGCCGCUUCAUGUGUUACCUAGUGUAUCUUAUCCAGCCAGUAACAGUGUAUGUGUCAGUCUUCACUCUCACUGCAAUCGGUGUGGACAGAUACUACGCCACAGUUCAUCCACUCAAAAAGCGGAUCUCAGUAUUGGCCUGCACCUACCUUCUGUCCGGGAUCUGGCUGCUGUCCUGCGGCCUGGUGGCCCCGGCAGUGGCUCAUACAUACCAUGUGGAGUUUAAGAAUGAGGGCUUCACCAUCUGUGAGGAGUUCUGGAUGGGUCAGGAGAAGGAGCGGCUGGCCUACGCCUACGGCACCCUGUUCAUCACAUACGUGCUGCCUCUGUCUGCGCUCUGCAUCUCUUAUCUGUGCAUUUCAGUGAAGCUGCGGAACUGUGUUGUACCUGGCCAUCACACACAAAGCCAGGCUGAGGCGCAGCGCAUGCGUAAACGCAAGACCUUCCGCCUGGUCAGCCUGGUGGUGGCGGCCUUUGGGGUCUGCUGGAUGCCCAUCAGUGUGUUCAACGUCCUGCGGGACAUUGACAUCGGCCUGAUCGAUAAGCGCUAUUUCCUGCUCAUACAGCUGCUGUGUCACCUGUGCGCAAUGAGCUCCUCCUGCUGUAACCCUUUCCUUUACGCAUGGUUACAUGAUCGUUUCCGUGCAGAGUUGCGUAAAAUGUUCACCUGUCGCCGACGCAUCGGGAUUUCCGCCAAUAAUUGUGCCACAGCCAGUGUGGUGUAAAAGCUCAGCGUUUCCUCAUUCUGCUGUUUACUUGUGUGGACAGUGGAUCUAUUGUA